CAGAGUCGGACGCCGGCGUCUUCGCCUCAAACUCCCUGCAACGGAAGAAGAAGGGGCUGCUGCGCCCAGCACACUACCGGGCCAAACCUCACCUGCUCAUCGGCAUGCCCCAGGACUUCCGCCAGAUCUCCUCCAUCAUCGAUGUGGACAUCCUGCCCGAGACCCACCGCCGCGUGCGGCUCCACAAACACGGCUCUGACCACAACCUCAUCAUCACCGUCAAGCCGGCCAACCAGCGCAACAACGUCAUCCGCAGCAGCAAGGCCUCGGGCAGCUCGGGCAUGUCCACAGACAGCACCCCCAGCCAGCAGACCCCCAGCCCGGCCUCACAGUACCUGAGCAACUACAGCACGGCCGAGAGCGACGAGGAGGGCGACCUGGUCAUCGAGAGCGACAGCGCGCCCCACUACAUC